AUGUUUUCACAAAGACUCUUGAAACAAGUGACACGCUUGUCAAUGAACCAAAAGAACCACCACUGCUUAUGGCUCGUUCCUUCUUCCGCUUCAUUCCUUUCUCGUUCAACCAACUUCAAUCUUUUCGGUUCACAAAGAUUUUUCUCUCAUAGCCGUUCACUCAACCAAAAGCAAACCAAUGAUGCAUCCUCUGAAAACACUGAUCAUGACAGCAGUAAGAACAACGAAAGGAAAAAGGACAAAUUAUCAGACAACAAGUUCUUGACAUUCUUGCGAAGAAACGAUGCAGCAAGUGAAGCCGAACAAAAGAGAAGAAUGUACGUUCAGAUGUUGUCCAUUCUUGUCUGUGGAGGAUUGUGCUUGUAUGCCUUGAUGUAUGAUCAUUCUGGAUUCGUUGUGUUUUUUACCUUUUUACUGUUGGCAGGUGCUAUUGGACUCUAA